CGUUUGGGUCCUUUCCAUUCCACGAGGACACCCUCAUGCGUCUGUGGCCGAAGUCUGCUCCAGGUUUAACAGUUUGCUCUUGUUUACUACACUGCUGUUAGCAUGGACGCCGAUAAAAAUCCAACCCCAGACGCCGGAGCAGUCGUGGAGAGUACAGAUGACACUGAGUCCUUCACUAAAGUCAAGUCUAAAAAGACUCAGAAGAGAAAACGCGAACAAGAUGGAGCGGACAUGGACACAGAGGAGCCCGUGGCACACAAGCGGCCGCAGUUUCCCCCGCUGGCAGGCGACAAAUUACGGGGUCCAAACGACAUGCGCAAAAUCCCAGUUCCUGCUCACAGAUACACGCCCCUGAAGGACAACUGGCUCAAGAUCUUCACUCCCAUCGUAGAAAACCUGCAGCUUCAAGUCAGAUUCAACCUCAAAUCGAGGAACGUGGAAAUCAAAACGUGCAAAGAAACACAGGACAUCGGCUCGCUCACGAAAGCAGCAGAUUUCGUUAGAGCGUUUAUUCUUGGAUUCCAGGUUGAAGACGCUCUGGCUCUCAUCAGAUUAGACGAGCUUUUCCUUGAAAGCUUCGAUGUCACAGACGUAAAACCUCUGAAGGGAGACCACUUAUCCAGAGCCAUCGGGAGAAUAGCGGGGAAGGGAGGAAAAACCAAAUUCACCAUCGAAAAUGUCACAAAGACUCGUAUUGUGCUCGCAGACACAAAAGUUCACAUAUUAGGAUCUUUCCAGAACAUCAAGAUGGCCCGGACAGCGAUAUGCAACCUAAUCUUAGGAAGUCCACCUUCAAAGGUCUACGGCAACAUCAGAGUGGUGGCCAGCAGGACUGCAGAGAGGUUCUGAAGUGUGAUUGGCUGCCACGUGUAUUUAUCUCUUCCCCCAUUGGCUGGUGGAAACCCCACUGUGAUGUGGGUUGAUGAGGAGCAGAAAGAAAUGAUCUGAAAGGAUGAGUGUGUAAAUAAAUAAAUAAAAGAAUCCACUGAAAACAGGUUCAAGUGUUUGUUUCUGAUGAUAAAUUUAAAAAAAAGACCAAAACUCCUUUUACUUUCAACAUUUCAAAGUUUAUUUAAAUUUUAUUUAAUUUUCAUACAGUAUCAAGUUUCCAACAGUCCCACAGCAUAAGAUGCAGCAUGCAGAAAAAGGAAAAAAAGGUUCUCAAACUUAAAUCUUUUUCAGAUAUCCCCACACAAACUAAAAAGAACCCAAGUCCCUCAGAGAAAAAGUAGCACUUACAAACUAAAGCGCGGUCUGAACUAUACAGAGAACAGAGAGCCAGAACUGCAUUUAACAAAUACUUAUAUACAAAAGAAAGAAAAAAAAAAAAACUAAAUGAAACAAAA